AGAAAAGUUGCAGAGAGGCAACUAUGGCGGCGCAAACAGCUGUGCGAAAUGUGGGUCGCCUGUCUCCUCAGAAGACGGCGAUAUUCCUCUGCGACAUGCAAGAGAAGUUUCGCAAGACCAUACAGUACUUUCCGCAGAUUGUGGCCGUCUCUCAAAGGCUGCUGAAAGCCGGGCGCGCGCUUGACAUGACUGUCAUCGUCACCGAGCAAUAUCCGAAAGGUCUGGGCAACACCGUUCCGGAGCUCGGCCUUGCCGAGUUCCCAGACAUCAAGCCAAUCGAGAAGACCCAGUUUUCCAUGAUGACCGCUGAAGUAACCCAGACGAUGCAGGAAAAAGGGCUCGACUCGGUUGUGCUGUGCGGGAUCGAGGCGCACGUCUGCGUCCAAAACACAGCCCUGGCACUGCUAGAGCGAGGCUUAAAUGUGCACAUCGCUGUUGAUGCGUGCUCUUCGCGCACCAUGGUCGACAGAUUCUUCGGCUUUGAACGGAUGAAAGCGAUUGGAGCUUGGCUGACCACAAGCGAGAGUGUCAUCCUCAGUUUGCUCGGUGGCUCAUCACACCCAAAGUUCAAGGAAGUCCAGAAGCUCAUCAUGGAGUCAGCUCCCGACAGUGGCCUGCUUGGGUUUGCUCAGAAGCAGACGAGUGCCUUAUAGGAAACAAAACAAUUCGGCACGUUAAUUUUACACCGCCUACAUCCUCCACUGCAUUUAUAGGAGCCGAAAGUGUGGCCUAUUCUACAAGCAUAGUAGACUAGCGUAGUUUUCUUGUUUUACUUAGCCAAUGUUAAAUUGGCAGCAUGAGUGGGCAUUUUUGGCGUUUUUCGAUCUCAAAAAUGGGUGGCUACGUGUCUAGAUAUUGGAACUGGUAACAUAUGCUCGCAACGACAUCUCCACGUCGAAAAAGAAUGUGCAUGUUUGGGGAAACACCAAUCACUGUCAUCGACAUUGAUACUGUGUUGACGUGAACAGCGAUGUAAAUUUCAUAAGCAGUUAUUGCUCUUUGCAGGGUGCUACACAAUACACGAGAUGUCCCUGAGAAAUAAAUAUGAAAGCCACGGCAGCCAUUUUUCUUAUAUGCAACAGAUUCAUAACUUAAAGGAGCCAUUGGUGAUCCAUGUAAAAAAAGAUGUGCACAGUUUGGAUAGGUUUAGACAUAGAAAAAUGUCCAUUUUGUGGGCCUUUUUGAGCUUGUGUUGUUGAACUAGUUGCUUGUGUAUAUUGAAAUAAGCAAUAAAGCUGGAAUAUAUUGCACAAUA